CACACACACACACGGCGUCUUCACAGCAGUGACCUCGUGUAACAGCGGCUCAGAGGAAACGUCAAUAAAAGAAGAGAAUUUGCAUUGAAACUUCUCUUCAUGUCAAACGAACGACGCUCCGAGGCAGUGGAAUUAAUUAACCCUGUUUUUAAUUUUAUUUUAUUUCAGUGACACCUGGCUGCCAAGUUUCACUCUGAAUAUUCUAACGGCUCUCGUAGCCUCACUCCAAAUGUCACAUACAGUAUGUAGAUCACAUGCUGGAAUAAGUAUCUGCAGUACGCAGUACUAUGUAUACAGUGUAUGAUGAACCCUGGUGAGGGUUCAGAAGUGUCUCCUGGGUACACUACAAAAAAUGGAAUGACAGUAGAGUCGCUGCCAUGGUAACAGUCACAGUUUGGAGGGUGUUCAGGUGUCACUGCCGACAGACAAGAGCAGGGAGCAGACUGACGAGGAAGACGACGUGGAAAAACCAGGCUAAAGUCAGGGACAUGUCCAAGGUCGGGACCAGGAGCGAUAAGGCCGGUGACAAGGCGGAGCGGUGCGGACGAGACAGCUGGUGGCUGGGAGCCAUGAGGGACACGCCCCACCCUGGGCUCUAUCACGUUCCUGACUUCAUUGAAGAAGCUGAGCGGAACCCUGUGAAGAAGACCUACGGGUUCAAAGGUGUCGGGAGAGAAGCCCGGACCCUGACCGCAGGUGGGGGGGAUCUGCUGCUGCCGGGGGCAUAUGAACAUACUGACUUCAUCCAGCAGGGGCAGAAGCACCAGGCGUCCUACUCUUUCAAAAACUGCCCACGGCCAGAUAUCGUCACCCUUGGGGUCAGAGACAAGCACCUCAAGACUUCACCGUGUGACUACAACGUGACAGAGAGACCAGUGGAGAAGCUUCCCUGCAGACACGUCAUGUUUCGGUCGACUGUUCAGAGGAUCGUCUUCCCUCCUAGGGGGGGCCUGGCUCCGGGUCACUACAGUCCACAGACCAGACGUGAGGGAGGAGUCACUUCCUGCUUCAGAUCCACUGUACCACGACUGUACUACGUACAUCCUAAGACUCCAGGACCGGGAGCCUAUGAUCCAGACUGGAAGUUGGACGUUGGACAUCGGAACACAGAGGUCAUGGAUCCCUCCUUCAGCCUUUACUUCCGAAACAUUCCCUAGUGUCCACUUCAUUCCCCAUUGAGCUGCAAUCCUUUAACAAACCAUUCAUCCCAGAAACAUUAAAAUAAAAAAAAAUCUGUGGAAAAGAUUUAAAUCCAUGUUUAAUGAUGACUUAUGUUGUGACUUAAUCCAGCAGGGGUCACUGUAGUUGAUCAUCUGCCACUCAUCUGUUCUCUGACUGUUGCUUUACUCCUACCAACCACAAUCAUGUACUUUUUUGCCGCUCCCUCCCCUCCUGCUGCCUUCCUUCUUCAACAUCUCCAACAUUGUCCUCCCUUCAUCUCCCCCUCUCUCCCUUCCUACUUUCUCUGGCUUACGAUACUCUAUGGAGGAGGAGUUCUGAUCAGCCAUGUGUCACAUGACCCAGCUUACUACGGCAUGUUGUACCCUCAGUUACCACGGUCAGUAACGCUGCUAUUCUUAUCGACACCUCGUCUUAACACUAAGUCCUUCUUUCGUUUAAUGAACAAACAUGGGCAAUAAGGUCGUGACCCGGAAGAGCAGCGACUGGAAGAAUGGUUCUAAUCCCACACUCUGGCUCCAGGGACGUUCUCCAGAGUAAAUCCGUCCACAAAAAACCUGACUGUGAGCAGCCUUUAGAGAACCACUGGUUGUGGAGCUGUGGAGACCCUGGGGGUAUUUUGGACCUUCUGAGGUUCUGUACAUAGAACCGUCAUUGUAGGGAGUCCUCAUCAUGGCCUUAGAACAGUUCAAGGGUUUGUUUGUGAUAGAGCUCAUGAUGUGUGAGGUUUCAGGCCAA